AAUAAGACACGAGGAAAACUAUCAAAUCAGUGCAAGGUAAUAAAAUCAAUGCACAACUGUAAUGUCAUUAACAACACUAGGAACUCUUGUUAGGACUUCUAGAAAGUACACAGUAAUCUUCAGAGAGUCAAAAUUUACUACAAAUAAAUUAGAAUUUGUGAUAACCUCAUAAUCUGGGGGAAAGAGCUGUAUGUCAUCCAGGCUCUAAAUGCAAAAGAUAAUCAUUAACAAUUGUAUAAAAGCAAUCCAGUACUAGCAAAAUACUUGUACCAGAUAUGGGUAUACACAGCAUUUGCCUUUGUAAACAAAAUGAAUACUUACUAUGUUUCUCAGAACCAAGUAGAUAUACGUCAAGAAAAGCUGCCAGCAGUGGAUUAUCAGUUGCAUAAUCCUACAAGACAGGUAUAUGCACUGUAAAAGGGACCUAUCUGGGGUAGCUCUGCUGGCAGUUGACACAAGGGAGCUGUCACUGUGCAGUCAUGAAGGACUAGCAGAAUGUGUAACAGCAGGGGGAAUUAAAACUGUCAUUUCUGCGUGCAGUGAUUUUGGGGAUUAGGCAGGGGACUCCUUGCUGUAUGGAAGUACAGACACUGAGGCCCCAUCCGUGAGAGUGGCAUCAAAGGGAAUCUUGGCUCUCCUCGUAUUAGUAAUAAGGGCACUUGGCAUCACAGGUAUGGGUAGGUGACAACGUUGUCUUCAUUGUAAGUAAAAUAAGAAGCUAUGAUGCUUGGAAUACUGGCCAUUGUUUGUGGCAGUAUUCAUUAAUACUGUAUUGGCUCCAGCAAAUAUAUCAAGUUUAUCUUCUAUUGGUUCUACUCAUUUCCUUUGGAAUAUAAAAUAAAGUUCAAGGUUUUGGGCUUGAGGCCAGCAUAUCUGAUUGCCCAAAGCGCUGCCAUUUGACAGUAAUGUUCAGCAGCUUCAUUCAUCUACAGUUCAUAUACAUUAAAUUAUCUGUCUAAGAAAGAGAACUUUCUCAGAUACCGGGCUGAGGACCAAUUCUACAGACCGAAGCAGCUUUGCUUUACUGUCAGGCCUUGUCUUCACUACAAACACCCGGAUCAAGAGAAACAAAGACAGCUGCCGACCAGGUUUCUUCCCUUUAGGAAAAGGUUGGUGGGACAACUCCUUCACAGCAGAGCUGAUGGCAGAGCUGGAGGCGCUGCUCCGGAGCGGGCUGCUGCUGCUGGCUGCCUUCUGCGGCUCCGAUGCACAACCGAGUAGCACUGAUAGCAAAUUCAGCUGGGAAAUCAGCACUGCCUGCACGGAGCCUCACUAUCACCGCAGAGAAAAGAAAACCGCCAGCAGAAAGCAAAACCGACAGCAUUUCAACACGACCGAAGCUAUCUCCAGCGUGCACCAAAAGCACCGCUUCUAUACCCGCAACAGCGGGCACGAGGCUGCCAGCCGCUCAGGCUGACGGACAGCCGCGCGCAGCCGCCCGAACACCUCACGCGGCGGCCGCCGAGCACCGACCCGCCCCUCAGCUGCUGCGAGCCGCCGUCGGCACAGCCCUUUCCGCCGGAGUGACGCAUGCGUGCUAGGAGACGGAGAGUUACUUACUCAAAUAACACGUGGUGAGAAGUCAAGCCACGAGGAAUUGUUAAAAGGAAAUAUACCCAGAGGAUAACGUCUAUCAUGCUGCGGUUUGGCCAGCACCUCAUCAAGCCCUCCGUGGUCUUCCUGAAGACCGAGCUUUCCUUUGCUCUCGUGAACCGCAAGCCGGUGGUCCCGGGCCAUGUUCUCGUUUGCCCUCUGCGGCCGGUGGAGCGUUUCCGUGACCUGUGCCCUGAGGAGGUGGCUGAUUUAUUUCAUACAGCUCAACGGGUUGGCAGUGCAGUGGAGAAACACUUCUGUGCCACCUCACUCACCAUUGCAAUUCAGGAUGGCCCUGAAGCUGGACAAACGGUGAAGCAUGUUCAUGUCCAUGUCCUUCCAAGGAGGUCAGGAGACUUCAGCAGGAAUGAUGAUAUCUACAAGGAGCUUUUGCAGUCUGCAGAAUGGAGAAGGUAUUUACUGUUGUCCACACUGAGCAGCUGAAUUUACUGCUUCAAGAAAAGCCAAGGUUCAAAAUCCCAUUUGACUGAGUUGCAACCUAAUUACAGCCAUCUGAGCACGGGUGUUCCAACAAUAAGGGAGAGCAAGGAAGGAAAGUCAGCCUUUGUCUCACAUUGCCUGGGUAGUUGCAGCGUUGUGCAACUGGGCUAAGACCCUCUUCCUGAAUUUAAUUGCAAAAAUUGCUCAUGUAUUUGAGCUAAACACAUAAGCAGAUCCAGCUAAACAUUUGUACCCCCUUUUUUUGUGAAUGUAAACUACUUUUGUGUACUGACAACUUGCUUGGGAGUGUGAUUUCCGUGGUAGCGGGGAGGUAUUGCAAUAAAUCAUUCUUAAUUGAAGGUCUAUUUUUAGAUUUUUUUUUUUCUUGAAAGAUCACUUUCUUUUUUCUGAGGAGAAAUCUCCCCUCGCUCAUUACAGUAGUGUCUUUGAAGCAGCAAAUGCACACAACUGCCAGAUCGUGUACAGUGUGGCAGUUACACAGGGUUUUCUCUGUGUGGUUGUGAACAGUAAUGGAGAUCAGCUUCCCAGAAGGGACUUUGCUUUCCUGAUUUUUUUUUUCUCUCUAAAAUUGUUGCACUUAAUGCAUUUACGAGUGGAGUCUAAGUGCUAACAUACUUUCUUCCCAUACCCCUGCCGUUUCUGUGGCAGUCUUACUGAAGAAAUAACGAUACAUAAAGCUGCAUAAACACUUAAGGUCUGAGGUGCCUGCUUCCACUGGCACUUUCAAAUUCUUUAUUUGAAGAUAAUUUCAUUUCACACUUCUACAUCUGAAGUGCCUGGUUUUGGAGACCUGACAGUAUUUCUUACAUAUGUUAAUUAAAUUUUCUACCAGCUCUGUGAGUGCAUUAAGUAGUAGCACUUAAAGGUGCCAUGCAGGGAGGUAAGGGAAGACUGUGAAGUUAUGGAGUGAGAGAGGUAAAGCUAUUGAGUGCAGAUAUGUUCGUGAAUCUCUGAACAAACAAAAAGUGAGGGCUACAUGGAAUAAACCAGCAAAUGAGGAUCAUGUUUCCUUAUGUGAGCUGUGACCCUAAGGCACUCAAUAGAUAUACUGGGGUGUGCUUUCAGCUUUAAGAAACAUGGAGAA